GCGCAUGCGCAGUAGUCUGUCCUAAGCUGCCCACACCGCACACAUUCACUAGCAGCCUUUCGCGUCUGCCUGCGGUUUCUGCGCGCAUGCGCCCUGAAGCUCUCCGCGACUUUUUUUUUAAGAUCCUGCGCGUGCGCAGAUAUUGACAGUUUGGACAGCCUAGCGGGGCGACUGGGAUCAUGUCUGGGGUGCAACGCAUGAGAGUGGCGAACGAGAGACACCGACAGAGCGUUACGCAGAGAGGGGGCCCCCAUCGGGCCCCGAAAGCUGCCUUGGAAGAGAAAGCUGCCGUAGGGCCGUGGUUGCUGGCCCUGUUUGUGUUCGUGGUCUGUGGCUCAGCUAUCUUCCAGAUAAUCCAGAGCAUCCGCCUUGGAGGAUGAUGGGAAACACCGCUCUCCCUCCUGAUCCUCUUCUCAGGGAAUUCUGGGAUACAUCCUGGACCUCCAGUGACUCUCUGAUAUACGUUAGUGCCCCCCACCCAUCUGCUUGCCUCCCUUCCUGUUUGGCCCUUGUGUGUUUCCAGCUCCGGAUGGGGGUGCCCCCUGGAGGCUGUGUGAAGGCAGCCAGGGGUAUGAUGGGGGAGGGCACGGCUCGGGUGUGUGUAGAUUUUCUCCUUUGAAUGGGUAAUGCUGCCCUCUAUGGAAUUUGCCACGUCUAAGUGUUGAUGGGAAAUACAUUAAAUGUUGGGAUUUGUAAUAAA